CGGCCCUUCCCGCCGCCCGGGCGCCGCUCUGCGUCACUCGCCGGGCGCCGGGGACCGGCAGGCGGGACGGAGCCAGGCCAGCGGCGAGGGAGAAGCUACUAUGGCUGCUACAGUGAACUUGGAACUUGAUCCCAUCUUUUUGAAAGCACUGGGCUUCCUGCAUUCAAAGAAUAAGGAUUCUGCUGAAAAGCUAAAAGCUCUGCUUGAUGAGUCUUUGGCCAGAGGAAUUGAUUCAAGCUAUCGUCCUUCACAAAAGGAAGUAGAGCAACCCAAAGUGUCUAUUACCAAGCCAGUUUCCAUUAAGCAGGAGCCUAAAACUUUGUCCAGUCUGCCUUCAGGCAACAAUAAUGGCAAGCCCAUCACAACAGAAAAGGUGAAAAAAGAAACAGAGAAGAGGACUGCUGAUAAAAUGAAAGUGGAAAUUGGUGAAGGAGUUGAUGUUCCAAAGAAACCCAGGAUAGAGAAGCAAGAAACUCGUUCGUCCCCUAUCACAGUCCAGACUAGCAAGGAUUUAUCCAUGCCUGAUCUGUCCAGUUUUGAUGAAACCAGUGCUGAUGAUUUUGCCAUGGAAAUGGGCUUAGCCUGUGUUGUUUGCCGGCAAAUGACAGUUACUUCUGGAAAUCAGUUAGUAGAGUGUCAGGAGUGCCAUAAUCUCUAUCACCAGGAUUGUCAUAAACCUCAGGUGACAGACAAAGAGGUCAAUGAUCCUCGCCUUGUGUGGUAUUGUGCCCGCUGUACCAGGCAGAUGAAGAGAAUGGCUCAAAAGACUCAGAAACCACCUCAGAAACCGGCUCCUGCAGUAGUUUCAGUAGCACCAGCUGUGAAAGAUCCAUUGGUAAAGAAACCUGAAAUUAAGCUCAAGCUGGAUACCCCAACAACUUUCCUAGCAUUCAAGAGGACAGAAGUCAAGACCACAGCAGCAAUUUCGGGGAACUCAGCCGGUACCAGCGUUUCCUCUUCAGCAACCAGUGGCCUUACUGGAUGGGCGGCUUUUGCAGCCAAAACCUCCUCCACCGGUCCAUCAACCGCCAAACUGGGAUCAACAGCACAGAGUACCAGUGGAAAACCUGCAGCCUCCUCUAAUAACCAGAAACCUGUGGGUUUGUCAGGGUUAACAACAUCUAAAACAGGGCUAGGGUCAAAAAUAGCUUCCAGUAACAACAACACAAACCCUGUUCAACUAAAACCUCUUCCAUCUCUGACUUUGGGGAAAACUGGUCUGAGUCGUUCAGUAAGCAGUGACAAUGUCAGCAAAGUAGGUCUUCCUAGUCCUAGCAGCACGGCCCCAGGCAGCAGCAGCCAGGGGAAUAGUGGGAAUGGAAGCAGUAGCACAACAAGUAACAGCGGGAGCAGCACCAGCAAAUCAAAUGCAGAUUCUGGCAAUCAGUCACUGUCCCUAAAGGGCCCGACUUCUCAGGAAUCACAGCUCAAUGCUAUGAAAAGGUUACAAAUGGUCAAGAAGAAGGCUGCCCAAAAGAAACUGAAGAAGUAAUAGAGCUGUCUGUUAAUCUUGUUUCUGUGUUUCUUCAAAACAAAAAUAUAUGUGAAGUGUAACAUAAUUCAUUUAAUAAAUAUCCAUGCAGC